UCUAAAGGAGGCAAGGAUAAAGAAUUUUCGCGAUUAUCUCUGUUCUCGAGAUGUUGCCGUUCAAAUUAUUCGCUCGAAGUGAUACGAAAAGGAUCGAUCUGAAAUCGUAUUUGCUAUUCCCAUGAUUGCUAUUCCCUCAGCCACUGUCGUAGCCAACCAUCGUCGUUCUUUCCUUUUUCUUUCUUUUCCUUUUUUCUCGACAAAGUUUUCCUUUUAUGAAUGACCGAUUGGCGUGGGUCGCGAGUCUCGAACGGGAUACUCCUUUAUGUGAGUGCAUUCUCUUCGAUGAAUGUACUUCUUCGUUGGGUGAAAUGAGCCGUGCCGAUUUUUUAGUACUUCCCUGAGAUGCGUCCUUUCGACGAACGGAACGGAAUCAUGCGCGAGGAGUAUUGCGACAAAAGAGAGAAAGAAGGAUAGACUCGAAGAAUAUGAAAAACAACCAAAGGUGGAUUCGAGAGGAAAAGAAAAAAGAAUAAGAAAAGUUUGUCGUAAGACGUCGAUCACGGUGUGUACACACGAAUCCUUUUUACGAGAGCCCCUGAGGAAUUUUCUUCGAUAUCUUAUUCGAUACUGUCGAAGAAUCGUCCUCGGGACGAUGCGUUUCCUUUUACCUAGGCGUGGAGGAUAUACUCUAUUCGAUAUACUCGGCAUUACCACGGGCUACUCGAGCCAAAAGUAUUGAAAGUGGCUUCGACGAGGUCCUCGAUAGAACCCUUCGAUAGUUACUCAAAGAAACACGGAGAAAGACAUUUAUUGUAUCAAAUUCGAUCGUUCUCUUAUCCUUUCCUCGAUACAUACUUUCCUUCCUUUAUUUCCUUUCUUCCUUCCUGUCUUCUUUCCUUUUUCCUUCUUCGAAUUCCUUUAACAAAUAAAAUUGAUUUAUCCGUUAAGACGGAUUUGUUUUUCAUUAAUCCUCGAUCCUUUUAACAACAAUCUGAAAUCCCUUGAUAACCAAUCGUUAAAUAUUCAAAUUACUCGGAAAUCAUUCAUAUUUUAUUUCAUACACUGAAGUGAAAUUUUCUCUCUGCUCGGAUAAAUGAUACGGCAAGAUUAAAAAUUUUAUAAAACUUUCAAUAAAGUCUUUCAAUUUUUCGUAUUACCUUUGAAUAAAUAAUCAAAGCGAAAUAUUAAACUUACAUACAUAUGUACCUUUCGAACUCUCUCGAGGAGUUUUCUAUUUCUUUUUCUUCUUUGCUUUAUAUCUUCGUUCAAGUUUGUUUAAACUUUUGACUUUCGCAGCGAAGCUCCUAUGUAUUGACAAAUAUUUAACCAGUCUUGAAGCCCUGUGGGCUGUUUUUGUUUAUGCGUCGUAAACUUUUCUCUUUCUAACUCCGUCUUCCAUGUCAUUGACACCUCACGUCAAUGUAAUCAUCUUGUGUAAUAUGCGUUCCAAGCUCUUUCUAUCUCUCUAUCUCUCUCUCUCUCUGUGUCUGUCUUGUGCAUGUACACAUGAAAAGUUAUGUGUAAACGUUGUAGAAUAUGUAAACAGCUUCUUUCUUUAUCGUUUCUUUUUCAUUCACAGACGGAAAACUUGCUAGCAAACAAAUACAUUUUAUAUUUGUUGCUGAAACACCCCGAAGGAAUAUAUAUAUUACGCACAAUGAUAUUGACUUUGGUACGAUUCAACGUGUAAUUUAUGUAAGUCUGACUUUUCGAGAAAGAAAAAGAAUUAAGAAAGAAAAACAAUCUCGUUCGACGUUCGUGCGACAUUAUUCAAAGAAGAAUGAUAAUAAAUCGUGAGACGUAAAGAAGCCAAGUGCCCUUAAUGAAAUGAAAAUAUAACAUUGAAAAACUCGAUAACGUAAUAACAUAGAAAUAUGAUGGUAUAAGAAAAUGGAAAUCGUAGAGUUUUGUUUGUCCCUUCAUCGAAAAAUAGCCACGCCUCGAAGGAGAGAACCGACCAAUGGGAGAAUACUCAACCGAGGGUACCGAUCGAAAUUAAAAUAUCCUUCGCUAGUAAUGACGUGAGAUACGAGAAAGAGAGUACGAUACAGUAUGGGGAGCUUGUAUUUGCCGGAAAGUAGGGUGGUCCUAUAUUGCCACGAACCCCCUCUCUUUUUUCUCUCGAUGAAGGGUUCUCGAUCAUGAACCCUCUUUUUCGUGAGUAUGCCGGACAUAUGCACGGAAGGAGAAAAAGAGAGAGAUUGUAUUAUUCACGAGUCGCUGGUAAGAUAACAUAAGCGUGAUUUUUAAUACGAGUCGAAGGAAGAAGGGUCCUCCGCCUUUAGUACGGCCCUUCCGUAUGCUUUGGUAACAUUGUAAUGGGAUUAGUCGUGUUAUUAGGGGUUUCGAAUCAUGGCUCUGUUUUCUCUCUUCGCUUUUCAUCGCUCCUUUUAUACAUCCCAUAAAUUCAUAACCAUAAAGGAAGAGAUUGUAGUGCGAGUUGAUUUUUCUUUUAAGAAAAAAAAGACACGACGUUUCUUAAAAAAUUACGAUAGAAAUAUUUUUAGAAACGAAACGAAUCUAAAUGCAAGAAAGGUAUCGUCCGAUUUAUUAACAGAGUACAAUUGUAGAUAAACUAAAGAACAACAAUUACUCAAUUAACAUGCUAGUAAGCAAGCAAACAAUCGGCUACACUUACAAUUAGUACCGAACUCACGUAUUCUAUGAUACUUCACGCAAAGCUAUUAGAAACUAUUCGUGACACGUUAAUUACCGUGCAAAUUGUCAAAGACAUUCUAGAUACUUGCACGUACGUACCUAUAAGAUAUCCAUAACUUCAUUUUCGCUCCGCCAUAUACUUCGUUAUACCGCGCGCGGUUCGCUUAAAUUGGCUAGCUGUCAAGUAUAUCGAGUUGCUUUUAGUGCAAAUGAAAAUUACAUUUGGUCGAAAACGCGACCGUAUACCUAUACACACACACACACACACUCACAUGUAUGUAUACGUAUUUGUGGUCUAAGCCAUGUGGACCACGUCACUGGUUUCAACUCAAGAAAAUUGCAACGAGCGAAGGAUUCCUUUAACUAGGAUCAAAAACACGCUUUGUUCAAAAUUGACUGAGAGAAAAGAAAAGAAGAUAAAAAGAAAACUGACGAUCGAACGAUAUUUCGAAAGUUUCCUUUUUCUUUUCGUUUCUUUCGCGAGAAUUCAGCGGAAUUAAAUUAAUUUAAAAGGACAUUAAGGAAAUUCAAAUUAAUCAUGAAAAGAUAAAAAAAGAAAAAUAGUGAUCUCGUAUACGUUAAAUUGACUUGCCCCGAACCCGGAUCCUUCCGUUGCCGUUGCGGUUAAAUCAGAGCUACGAAAUCUCAUAAACGACGUACAUACUCAUGACCUUACUUUACUAUACCUUAUCUUACCUUACCUUACCUUAUCUAACAUACCUACAUAUAUACUCUUAGUAGAUGGAAAUCUUUGAAAGGAGUACGGAAGUUCCUUGAAGAUUCCAGAGAGUUGAUUUGGAUCUCUCGUGAAUAUCGAUUCUCUUCGUGGAGCAGCGACGUCAGAUUUCUCGCGUGAUUGAAUCUCUUUUGAGAAACGUACAUACGUGGUGUAUAUAUAUAUAUAUAUGUACGUAUGUAUAUGUAUAUGCACACGUAUGUAUCGGUUGACAUCUAGUAUAUGACUAUCGCCUAUCGUGACUACGCGUAUGUAUGUAUAUGUGAGUAUAAGCAAAGGAUAAGGACAACUAUCAUUGUAGAUCCAUCCUAUCGUCUCUUCUUAUUCGAAAUAAAAGAUUUCUAAUGAAUUCCCUAUGUGCUUUGAAAUCAGAUCAUAGUAGUCACACUAAUGAUCAUCUCUUUAAACAAACGAAUCAAGUAUUACAGUAUUCAAUAUCUUUGAGUAAUUCUUCCAUUGGCUUAUCUCGAUCAUUUGGAUUAAGAUUACUUCGUGCUGAUACUUAACGCGUUCUCGUGCUUAUAAAACUUGAUAUGGGAAAAAGUUCAGGAAAAGUCUCUUUCUCUCGUUUUCCUUAUGAAAUGCGACGACGAAAAGAAUUCUUUCGAAUAGAAUAAUUUAACUGUGAAAUUGACAGUAAUGACAGAGAACGGAGAACUCCGACGGAACGCAUAAAUGGAGAGACAUUAACCGGAGAUGAGGCUUCCUUCGAAAGGAUUAUAGAAGGUUUUCGCGUAUCCUUCUCAUAAUUUGAAUCCAUACGAAGAUAUACCAGAGUAAUAAUCCGUUGUACGGGCAGAGGUUAACAAUAAUAGAACGAUGCACUCCGAUGCCAUAUAAAGUUUCGAGUAAUAUUAGCUACCACCCGUCAAAUUGGUGCGGCCAAGGAAAGAAGAGUAAGGGAAAAAGGAAGGGAGGGAAAGAGGGAGAGAGAGAGAGAGAGAAAGAGAACAAGAAAAUACCCUACUCAUUGUCGUCCCUGGGGGACGAUGUUCGGCAUGAUAGUUCGGGCGUACUUCGUUAGGGUGAAGUUAAAAGGGGGCACCCUCGUGAAAAGGGCGGGGCCCGAUAGAAAGAAGGCCCCUCGAGAGAACCAACCCCUGGGUGGAGUUAGCAAUCGGUAUAUAUGCUCUGGCAGGGGUGUCCGAGGUGCAGAACUCUAUGCACCGUCGUACCGUUUACCAGCCAGACAAAUUUUUCAGGCUAAGUGUUACGAACUUAUCGGUAUAUCGCCAAGUCAGGGAAAGUCAACGAAAAGUCGGAAAAAGAAAAAGAAAAAGAAAAAAUAGUGUGCCAGAAUCAAGGAACGAUCUCGUGAAUUAGAUCAUCACGUAACAAGAUUCGACAGUGAACUUUUCUAGGGUUUUCCUUUUUUCAACGAGAUGUCUCGAAGUUUCCUCGUGGAUUCUCUCAUCGGCAACAACUCACCGCCGUCCUAUCCGUUGCCAUAUUACGGGAAUCAAUUGCCAAAUUACAUGUUCAAUUUCUUCAAUCUGGGAUUAGGUUAUCAGCCAAUUAGACCUGUUCCUAGAACGCCGGUGAUGCCUGUACCACCAGUACCUAUAAGUCCGUCGACAAACGUGUCUUUACCUAUAACUGGACAAAGCCCACCUUCUCCUCUAAACGCUUCGACCAGCAGACUCUCAGAUGUCUCGGCGUCUAACGAGUCACCGUCGCGUAACAGCACCCCAACACCACCACCGAAAUCACCAAACUCCAUUUCUAAUAGCUCGAAGCGCAUUAGAACGGCAUUUACGAGCACACAAUUGUUGGAACUCGAACGAGAAUUCGCUUCGAAUAUGUAUCUCUCCCGUUUGCGUCGUAUUGAGAUUGCGACGAACCUAAGGCUUUCCGAGAAGCAAGUAAAGAUUUGGUUUCAAAAUCGAAGAGUCAAAUACAAGAAAGAGGAUCUGCCGUCGGGACAGAAUCAAAAGUGUUGCUGCUUACGUACAUGCGGUAAAAAGAAAGAUGGUUGUGCGGACGGUUUGCAGAGUCGACGGUGCGAUCAGGAAGAAGAACAGGAUGGAAAAUCCUUUGAUACCACGAAUAUAACCACGACAAUCUCGCAGACACGAGAAGAUUCGAGUGGAUCGAUCGAACUAGUCGUUCGUCGUGAGCAUGAAUCGCCGAUUCGAAAAAACGAACGCUUCGAAAUAUCUUUGCUUUCGAGACAAACGGAAGGCUCGCCAUUUCCUCGCGAACCCGAUGAAAAAUUGAAUUUUCAAAGGAUCGAGUCGUUUCACGAGCGAACGAAAGAGGAGAUGAGCGAACACCAUUCGUCCGUUGGCUGCAAAAGAAAUACCGAGGAUGAAUAUGACAGGAUGGAUAAGAGGAGAAAAAUGGACCUAACACCGACCAUGCAUCAGAGUACGGAGCACAGAGACUCAAUCUCUAGACCGAUAUUUGACAACUUGUCUCGCACCAAACAUACCGUGGACAGAAUUGUUAAUUCUUAAAAAAAAGAAAAAGCGAAAAAACGUUUGCUAGUCUUCGAAAAUGUUUCCAAAGAAUCGAUAAACUAAAAUAUCGAUGAACGAACAAUCGAAAUCGAUACGGAACGACGAAUUCUGCACGCCUAUAUUAUGUACAUAUGUAUUUAUAUAGUCGCGGUUUGUAAAUAUUGUCGAUAUAUUUUUGUACGAUUUACGUGAGAGAUAAGAGAUCGUAUAUUUUUCAUACAAAUUUCAUACGAAAUAAAAAAGAAAAAUCAUCUAUUUUA